CCACUGACACUUUUGUUACUUUUUCUGAUGAAUUGGAAGUAUAACGUUAGUUGCACAACCAGCCGUCUUGAAAGUACUUACAGAAGUGCAGCUUCUCUCUUGCACUACAGUGUUGUAGCUUCAAUUCGUUUGCCAUGGCCUCAGCAAGAGUCGGUGGCCUGCCUUUGAAGGCCGUGGUCUCCGGCGCAACAGGUGCAACAGGACAAUGUCUUGUCCCCCAGCUCCUCAAGUCAUCUGACUUCAGCGAAGUUGUUGUGAUCGGUCGCAGGCGUUUGCAGAUUAACUCUGACUUUGGGGUGGACCAGGUGGAGGAAGAGUCGAAGGGGCGGCUUCAGCAGCAUGUUGUCUCCUCAUUUGACGACUUGACGGCUGAGAAAGGCAAAGAGUACUUCGAAGGAGCACACGUAUACUUCUGUUGUUUGGGCACGACUAAGAGUAAGGCAGGAUCCGCGGAAAAUUUCAGGAAGAUUGACUAUCAUCUGGUUGUUAAGCUGGCAGAGAUUGCCAAGGCCACAGGUGUACGUCACACAUCUAUUGUGUCUUCCACCAUGGCGUCGGCAAGUAGUAUGUUCCUGUAUCUACGGACAAAGGGCGAGGCGGACGAUGCCGUCGUCAAGAUGGACUUCACGCGCACGUCGAUCUUCCGUCCUGGCGCGCUAGUGCGCUACGGGGCUGGCAGCUUGACGCGCAUCGCUUCCCGCAUGUUCAUGGGGUUGCCGACGGAGACGCUCGCUCAGGCAUUGGUCCAAGAUGCUAUUCUGCAGGCUGCGGGCGACGGUGAAGGUAAGGAUAGCAAACAGCCAGCACUGUAUCUAGUCAACGCUGACAUUUACCGUCUGGCACGCGAAUUGACCGGUGACACUUCAGAAGCAGCAGCAGCCGGUGAUGCCACCGCAUCUUCAAGCACAGAGACCCAACCCAAUGAUCAAGCGAACAGUGGAGAGGUCCAGGAGCAAGAAACAGCGGAACCUGCUAAGGAGGUCGUCACGGAGGCGGCGGCUGCACCAUCCGAGCCAUCAGCACAGCCGGAAGAGCCUGCUGCAGCCAGUGAGUCAGCAGAGGCAGCGGCUGAAGCCAGCCCAGCUGCCGCAUCUCCACCAGAAGGGUCUACUAGUCAGCCAGCCGAGGAGGCCACACAGGAGGAAAAGGCAGAGGAACCUGCAGAUGUUCCUGGUGCUGCUGAGGUGGAAGAACAGACGGAAACAGAGCCCGAACCCAAGGCCGAGGAAUCCAGCGAAGCCCCACAGGCAGCAGAGGAGAGUCAGCCAGCAGAGACAACCAAAUCAAGUGAGCCAGCUACCUAGGUGGAAAGCAGCGCAACUCACGAGGAGCAGUUGCACUACUGCUCAUGCUGUGACAGCACGCCAUAGCUUGUCCUUGUCUCUAGCAUCGUUGUGAAGCAGGCACUAGCUUACAUUUGCUCAUCUGCUGGCCCUGCUGCACUCUUUAUAACCCCACGAUCAGCAGCGGCGGCAGUCAGCAUUGGAUCCAUGCAAUUCAGUAAUGGUUUACAAAACCCAGUGCAGUGGUGGUUGAAUGAUUUCUAAACACCGAGCUGUUGUGCUCCAUUCUCACUUGCAACAGCUGCUGCUGGUAAUAACUACGCAUUGUUUGGCAUGCUGUUUAUAUCACACAGCUUAUUACAACGGCCUUAAUCCAGCGAUGGACCGUCCUGCAACCCGCGUCGACAUGUUCUAUGUUCUAGACAGUCCAUUCCAGUCCCCUCUCUCCAUCAAGUCUCUCUCUCCCUCUCUCUCUAUCUAUCUAUCUCUCUGUCUCUCCUGUUCUUUCUCGUGCUCGCUCUUUUCUUUCCAUAACUCAUACUUUCGCAAUUCCGUUCUCCAGUGCGGUACAUACAGCUGGCACCGGAUCCAUCCUCACUGUGAUGGUGGGGACUGGCCACAUCCACCUACAGAUCAAGUAUGCGUUCUCGCUACUGCUGCACCGCAGCUUAUCUUUUGCUUAGGAAUGCUUUAGUCAGUUACCGUUAUAUCUGCGCGCGCGCACACACACAUAACUAUAGAUGACACACAUACACACAUAGGCGCCAACUAAGUUACUUUCCCAAUCGCUUGGGACCUUACUUUCUAACAGUCUUCAAUUCCAACUAGCCACGCUCACUAUGCUGUGAUUUGUAGAGAGUUGUGUUGCCGUUUCUUAUAACCAGUGGUGUUUUCUUCCGCUUGCUGUUAGGAACUUGUUACCAUUCAUUUUCAUGUUGAAUACCCAGCGCCCUGCUCUUUG